AUGGAGUUGGCGUCGGACAUAAUUCACGACAUCAUCCAUCCUACCGCUGCCUUCUCUGUAGCCCUCCAUGGCGACCAUACGACUCGUGGCGAUGCCAACCCGCGUCAGUUCCCAUUGUCAGACUGGGGGGUUUCCCAGCUCAAUCCCAAAAACAGAAUCGACAGCCUGGAUCCUUUGCCUGAGCCCUUGUGGCGUAUUGACGGUUGCACCGGACUGGGGACUCAGUUUUAUGUGCUGCCGUUAUUUUUGAGCUCCAUACCGCCCAUGCGCAUCGACGCCUUCAUCCCAGAGCAGUCGACGCAACCUCAAGAGGUACGGCAGUUGUUGGACCUAGAUGUAGCCUUUCACACAAGGGAUCGGGCUCGAGUCCAGCAGCUCAACAUUGCCAAAUACAUUCUCCGUGCUCUACAGUACUGGACCAAAGAACUCUCUGAGCCUGAGUCGCUCUUCACAUCGGUGCCAUUCGGCUCUCGAAUUGUCUUCAAAAACCUGUCGCUCAACUUCAGAUCCAUAGAAAUCAAUAUUGCGCCAACCUAUUAUUUGGAACGACAGCUACUCUCAUCCUCCGCCCUAACGGAGAUGUGGGGGUCUGCAGUCGAAAUACCUGAGUGUAUCGACAUAUCCGAAGUACACGUUAUCGAGCAGAUCCACGACAGCGUCUGUCUUGUCAAGAUCCAGGGCGUCUUGUGGAUCCUCAAGACAUUGACAAGUUACACCAAGUAUUUGUAUCAUGAGCUAAAACUGUUGCUAUCAGUGAAGCCACACCCAAACAUCAUGUCACGUCCGGCUCACCUUAUCACGAAGCAAUGUACUUUCGGCAGCAAGGUAGCCGUGCUUGGUUUUACUCUUGAGUAUCAUCAGUACGGUACCAUGAGAGAUAUUGUGCCAUUCUUGCGUGCCAGCAACACAUUGUCGCCCGCCGAGCAGUUCAAAUGGGCCAUGCAAAUUACCUCUGGUGUUAUACAUCAUCGGGAAACUUCCGGUACUUUCUAUCCAGACCUCCGCCUCGAUAAUGUAGUACUAUCCAAGCAUCGAGAUGCAAUCAUGGUAGACUUUGAGCAACGCGGAGUAUGGUGCGAAUUUGCCUCUCCGGAAGUCAACGCUAUCGAGUACAUCCGCAUCUUGGCUACCGAUGAAAGCAUGCCCGAAGAUGUCAAAGACCGGUACGCCGAGAUCUUGAGAGGGAUUUGCCCAGAAUUCGAGGCACUUCAAGAUAGAGAAGAAUACACUAACCCGGCCAAGGGUUACAACAUCUGUUGGUGGGGUCUAAGCCCUGAGGAACAGGAAGCAUCAGAGGUCUAUAUGCUCGGGAGGGUGCUCUGGUGUCUUUUCGAAGGAGCCGGGGCUCCACAGCAAACCUCUAUUUGGCAGUCUUAUCGUCGUGAGGCACACAUUGAGUUUCCAGCCUACCUGAGGACGCCAAUCAAGCUGAGAGCUUUAAUCGAUUAUUGCACUCGCGGCCGUCGAGUGACACUGAACAGUAAGAUCGUUAGAAAAGGAAGCAAAUUGGUCUUCGUAAACACAGCGGACAGCGAUGGACAACAAAAUAUCAGAAGUGCAGCCGCAGCCUGGUGGAAGAAGGAGGUAUCGUGGGCAGAAGACUUUCUGGCGACAAGAGAAAAGUUGAAAGCAACUGGAGAGUGGAGAGAUAACUACUUUGGCAGGCCUUCUCUGCGCGAGGUGCUUCACGAACUAGCUAAGCUGAAGGAAGAAAGUUGA